UGGCACUGUAUCCCCUUUGGAUCUGAAAUGAGUUGCAUUGCUUUCGUUUUGUUGACGAUCGGUGCAGUGUUUUUGUUCAAAGCGUAGUGGCCUUCGGAUCUGAUAUGAAUUGCGUUGACUUCAUCUUGUUGACGAUCGGUGCAGUGUUUUUGUUCAAAGCCUUCGAUUUCACUUUCUGGGUCUCGUUCUUUUGCUUCAUUUGAUACUCCAAAAUCUGUUACCAUGAGGAAGAAGCUUGAUACCCGUUUCCCUGCCGCUCGGAUAAAGAAGAUAAUGCAAGCAGACGAGGAUGUUGGAAAGAUAGCACUGGCCGUGCCUGUUUUAGUUUCUAAAGCUCUAGAGCUAUUUUUGCAAGAUCUUUGUGACCGCACUUAUGAAAUAACUCUUCAAAGAGGAGCAAAGACCAUGAAUUCAUUGCAUUUAAAACAUUGUGUACAAAGCUAUAAUGUCUUUGACUUUCUGAGGGACGUUGUCAGCAGGGUUCCUGACUACAGCCAUGGCCAUGGCCAUAAUGAGGCUGGUGCUGAUGAUCGGGCUAUUCCAAAAAGAAGGAAAGCUGCUGGUGAUGAUUUUAAUGACAGUGAUGAGGAGGCUAAGAGGAGCAAGAUGCAUGAGUUGAGCCACACUGGUAGUACCGGUAGGGGAAGAGGCCGAGGUAGAGGAAGAGGCCGUGGUCGAGGUUCUCGAACUGUAGUAAGAGAGACAUAUCAUCAAGAAGCUGAAUCUGAGCCUUGCACUUCUGUUCCACAUGGCAGCCAACAUAAUGCACAUACAAAUGUGGCAAUACAUAAUAGUACAGAGUCAAAGGAAUUAUCAAAGGAAAAUAUUGCAAUUCCUGUUGAAAGCUCUGACUCACUCCCUAAUAUUGAUCUGAAUGCCAAUAUGAACGAAAAUGAGGAUAAAAAGGCUAGCUCAGUAGAUAAUGCUUCAUUGUCUGAACCUCCAACAGAGAGCAAGAAUGAAGAAAUUCCGAUUCUGGGGUGGCCCCUUUCUGAUGUGGACAAGAUGGCCAUUGACACGAUGCAGCUAGCUCACCUCAGCAGGCGAGAAGAGGAUGAGGAAGAUUAUGAUGAGGAAGGAUAAAUAAUAUAGUCUUUGGCAGGAUGUUAGAUUAGUGAAAAGCUCAUGAUAACUGUAGAAUAAGUACAUACUAGUGGUAUGAUUAUUAUGAGUAUGAUUCACUAGCUGUCAAAAUAUGUUCCAUGCUGUUGUUGGCUGAAAAAAUAUCUGAAUGCCCUUUUAAUCUUGUUUGUCUAUGUCAGCACAUGUUUCUUGCGUAGCUGAUGUAUCUUUCUCUUAGCCAGUAAUGUUAGCUUUGUGUACCUACCUUUAGGCCUACAAUGUAUAUCACAAUUCCAUAGAGUGAAUUUUAUGCAUCC